AUGGACCUUCUCCCGCCUCUUGGCAGGGAUGUCAUGGCCGCUGUCGUCCCCACUUUUAAGGUCUUUGGCGAUCUUUUGCGACAACCUGAGCGCUUGGCCCUUCUCCAAGCUACUAGGAGGGAAGAGCAUCGCUACGGUGAUCAUCCGCGGCAAAUUCUUGAUUUGUACUGUCCAUCAAAGGACCUGAGUCUGUUCACUGAAGGCGAAAAUGCCAGGCAACAAGGACGGCCAGUGUUCGUCUUCAUCUAUGGUGGGGGAUUUGCGAGGGGCGACCGGAUCGAGCCUGCAAUCGACGGCGAAGUGGUAUAUAAAGGGUUGGGAUAUUUUAUGGCAGAACAGUUAGGGUAUGAUACCGUCAUCAUGGACUAUCGCCUUUUGCAGCACGGUGCGACUUUCAACAGUGGUGGGGAGGAUCUUGAUUUGGUGGUGACUUGGAUCGAGAAUAAUCUCUGCAAAAAGAAUGAUAGAGAACCCAGCAGGGUUACAACGCGUGAAAUGGUCAUCAUGGGAAACUCGGCCGGCGGCGUGCACUUGACUUCGUGGCUUUUCGACGAUGCGUUCGCGAGCACAAGAAAGAGAUUUGUGAAAAAUCCAUCGAAUUUACGCCUGAAAGCGGCGGUGGUUCUGAGUUCUACAAUGCUAUUAGACCCAAAUAUUCCAGCGAUGCGGUCCACCUUGCUAGGAUAUUAUGGGACUGAGGAAGAUGUCGUUAGGAAAUCGCCUCUCAACUUGAUGAGCAGCGCUACAUCGGCAAAAUCUGGUGACACGCCGGAGCAUAGUGAGAAAAAGUCAUGGCCACAUAUCUUGCUCAUCACGACAGAAUUUGAUCCGGAAUUCGUGGCUGAAACUGGCAAGACCUUUCUUACGAAGUGGAUCAGUAAAGGUGGUAAAGGUGAUUACUGGGAGCUUGAGGGACACAAUCAUCUCAGCCCGCCACUCGCGCUGGGCACAGGGAACGAAGAGGCUGAGGCCUGGGGUUUCGAGCUCGGCGUACGAUUAGCCCAAAUAAAUUAA